AUGGACCCCCAGAGACCUGGCAGUGGCUUACCAUCUCGGCCUUUGGACUCUCCAGCUCCAGCUACUUCAGAGAAGCCCAAGGUCCAACAACCGAAACCCCAAGCUCUCGCCAAUCGCGCUGGACCCUCCGCGAUUCUCGUGUCUACGCGACAGAAAGGCAACCCAAUUCUGAAUCACAUCAAACUCCUACCUUGGGAAUAUGCCGAUAUCCCCGCUGACUAUGUGGUGGGAGUCACAACCUGCGCCAUGUUCUUGUCAUUAAAGUACCACCGUCUACACCCCGAAUACAUCUACGCUCGAGUCAAGCAGUUAGCAGGAAAAUACAAUCUGCGCUUAGUACUGGUGAUGGUCGACAUCCAGAACCACGAAGACAGUCUCCGGGAAUUAUCCAAAACAUCUAUUAUCAACAACCUGACACUGAUCUUGUGCUGGUCCGCACCAGAGGCAGCGCAUUAUCUGGAGUUAUACAAAUCAUCAGAGAAUGCCCAGCCAACUGCAAUCCGCGCCCAACAACCACAAACAUACAAGGAGUCACUUGUUGAAUUUGUGACAGUACCACGAAGCAUCAACAAGUCCGACGCGGCGAGUUUGAUUUCCACAUUCGGGAGCCUGCAGAAUGCCAUCAAUGCACAGCCUGAGCAGAUCAGUGCUGUGCCAGGCUGGGGAGAGAAGAAGGUCCAGCAGUGGUGCAGUGCUGUACGGGAAGACUUUAGGGUUGAAGGGUCGAAGAAGUCUUCUGCUGCACCGCGCCGCCCGCCCCCUGUUGCACCUGCGGUUGAUAGGUCUGAGAAUGCCGACGAAGAGGAUGAAGAAGAGGCGAUUCUUCGUGCGGUGUUAGAAGAAAGUCGGAGGACGGCAGCCUCGGAGGCUGCGAAAACCAGUGAGACCCGGGCUGCUGACCAGGAAGGGAUGAGUGAUGGCAUUACAGCGGCGCUUGCACGAUUGAGAGAAAAUGGUGGCUGA